AGGGGAAAGAUGGCGUCGGCCUACCUGACCCACAGCCAGAAGGUCCUGCGGCUUUACAAGAAAUCACUGAGACACCUCGAGUCGUGGUGUGUUUACAGAGAUAAAUAUCGCUUCAAUGCAUGUCUGCUUCGAGCACGCUUUGAUGAGAACAAGGAUGAGAAGGACAUGGUGAAGGCCACCAUGCUCCUGAAGUCAGGUGAGGAGGAGUUCUGGUCCAAUCAGCACCCGCAGCCAUACUGCUUCCCUGACCAACCUGGAGGAACAUCCUAUGAGAGAUACGAGACUUAUAAAGUCCCCAAUUGGUGCCUCGAUCACUGGCAUCCUUCUGAGAAAGCCAUGUACCCUGAUUACUUUGCUAAGAGGGAGCAGUGGUUAAAGCUGCGGGCACAGAGCUGGGAAAAAGAGGUCCAGCAGCUGCAAUCUGAAACCCCUGCUGAUGGCCCCAAAACUGAGGCUCUGCCCCCAGCCCGUAAGGAAGGAGACCUCCCACCUCUGUGGUGGCAGUUUGUCACUCGUCCCAGAGAGCAUCCCAUCUGAAGACGCUGGUGUUGGGAAGAGAAUUCCAAGAUGUCUAAAACAGUUCAGUUUUGUCCAACAGCAAUAUGAGCUUAACAAUUAAAUAAACUAGUAUGAAAUC